AUGUCUUCCGCCUUACAAGGUUGGCAUCCGGGCGAACUGGCUCUACAGCUCAAGCUCGGCUUUGCUGGGCCAAUGACCUAUGUUUGGUCUAUGGUUGAAGAUGAGCUACGAGAGCAGCACCAAGUCUUUCACACCACGCGUCUGCCCUUCAUUCCUCUCACUACGCUGGACUCGGACGGGCGCCCAUGGGCAUGCAUGCUUUCUGGCGCCAAGGGCGAGCCCGGCUUCGUCACUAGCCCGAAUGUGCAUAGCCUACGUAUCAAGGUGCACUCUUGGGAUGGUGACCCACUCAUCGAGAACUUGCGCGUAUGGCAGAACGUAUCGCAUACCAAUCGCUUUUUAGUGGCCGGUCUAGGCAUCGAGUUGCCGACUCGUCGCCGAAACAAGUUUGCCGGAUCCCUCAACCCGGUGAAGACGAAGAAGACCGGGGAGUUCGAAUAUGAUCUCCAUCUCGAUGUCAACCAGGCAUUAGGCAACUGCCCCAAAUACAUCAACAUACGCGAAUUCGUACCACAUCCAGACACGAAUCCCUCCGUACUACACCGUGUACAUCACAUGGACCCAGAUAUGCGACUACCACACUCGGUCAUCGACUUCAUCCAUCGAUCUGACCAGUUAUUCCUCGCUACGAUCUACAGAGCGAAGGACAGGGACUCGUUGCAGUUCCCCUCGCAUGCUGGACUGAACCAUCGUGGUGGACUACCUGGCUUUGUACGCGUACGCCCUUCAGAUGGCCGGUCCAUCGUCAUCCCGGACUACUCGGGCAACCGCUUCAUGCAAUCUCUGGGAAAUAUAGAGGCGACGCCGCUAGCAGGGUUGAUGUUCUGUGACUUCAUCACUGGGGACAUGCUGUACAUCACCGGCAGCGCUACCACACUUCUUGGCGAAGAGUCCUUGGAUCUCAUGCCACGCCAGCCUGUAGUCACGGUCAUCGACCCCACGGGGUUCGUCUUCGUGCGAGAUGCGCUCCCCGUGCGCCAAGCGCCGGGCACGAAGGUUAUCCCGAGCCCUUACAGCCCGCCGAUCAAGCUGCUGAGGGAGGAAAAGACCGGCGAGUCGUUUGACAGCGGCCUCAUCAAAGCUCGCAUCUCGAAAGUCGUGAUCCACACGCACGACCUUGCCACUUUCUGGUUCGACACCGCGCCAGGUGCGCUGAAGUGCCGUCCCGGCCAGGCCGUUGCGCUUGAUUUCUCCGAUCUGCUCGGGAAGCCCGAGUACGCGCAUAUGGCUCCACUCGCGCCCUCAUCCAUCAACGACGACCGUGUACGCACCUGGACGGUAUCGAGUGCCGGCGUAGACGACAACGGUCGUUUCGCGAUGACGAUGCGCGAGAAGCAGGGUGGAAUGGUCACCGGGUGGCUUUUCUCCGUUAUCCGCAAGAUUGACGAGAAGAGACCGGAGGUGUUGGACGACAUGACGCCGCUCUCCGUCGACGUGGGAGUGGUUGGCGUCGACGGCGACUUCGUCCUUCCCGAGCACGACCCGAAAGUGCUCUUCAUCGCGGGCGGCAUCGGCAUCACUCCUUUCAUGAGCAUGCUCUCUGCUCUUUCGGCGCGCGGACCGGACGCCACCGGCGACGUCGUACUCGCGCUCGCUACCAGGGAGCCGCUUGUUAUGCUGAAGCUCGUCCGCGCGUCCUUGACGGACAUCGUUCCAGCUGGGGUACGCGUACAUCUGGACAUCUUCACAAACGCCAAAGUGCCCGCACUCGCGGGUCACGACUCCGCCUACGGUCCGGGACUCAGUGUGACCUAUCAUAAAGGUCGUAUACCAUCGGAGUACUGGAAGGACGUGUCGAGCGAGCGCGAGGUCAUGAUAUGUGGGCCUGGCGGCUUCGCAGACAACGCCAUCGAGGGUGUGCGGGCAGCUGGUGUACCGAACGAGAAGAUACUUCGUGAGGGCUUUGCUUAUUGA